AUUUUCAGAAAAAAAAACCCUAUCAAAACUGGCUCCCUAUUGUGGUAUGGAAUAUCAGCCACCUCAUCCUCCAUUUUUACAUUGUCUCCUCUUUUCCUAUCCCUCACAGUAAUAUUGAGAGAGAGAGAGAGAGAGAGAUUCUCACCAUCUCCUCUGCUUACGUAUCUCUUGCCUUCUUCCUUCCAAACCUUCUUUUGUGAUGCAUUCUUUGGAUCAUUGUUUUUAAUAGCACAAGGUUGGCAUUAUUGCUUGAGGUCUACUAGCUAGCUUUAACAAUGGUUAAAUUCAGCAACAGCCUUCUAGGCCUCUUAAACUUUGUAACCUUUCUAAUCUCCUUCCCGAUCAUCGGCAUCGGGUUCUGGUUCAAGUUUGUCUCAUCCACCGAAUGUGGAAAAUUCCUACAGCUGCCCAUGUUCUCCUUUGGCAUAUUUCUAAUGGUGGUGUCUCUCUUUGGUAUGGUUGGCUCAUGUUGUCGUGUGUCCUUCCUCUUGUGGAUCUAUCUGUUUGUGAUGUUUGUGUUGAUCCUUGGGAUGCUUGGCUUUACGGUGUUUGCUUUUAUUGUCACGAACAAGGGCGUAGGGCAGGCAAUAUCAGGGACGGGGUAUAAGGAGUAUAGGCUUGGGGACUACUCAAAUUGGCUACAGAAAAAGGUGGGGGAAGAUAACACUUGGAAGGAUAUCCAAAGUUGCCUGAAGGAUGCCAAGGUGUGUGGAGGAUUCCACACUGAAAUUGGAUUGAAGGCUGAUGAGUUUUACAAGCAACACCUAUCACCCUUACAGUCUGGCUGCUGCAAACCGCCUACAUACUGCGGAUACGUGUAUAAGAACGCUACAUAUUGGACAAUCCCAGAAUCUGGGCUUAAAUCAACGGAUGUUGAUUGUAAAAUGUGGAACAAUGAUCAGCAACGCUUGUGCUACGAAUGCAACUCAUGCAAGGCAGGAGUGCUAGAAACUGUUAAGAAAAAAUGGAAGCAGUUUGCCAUCUUCAACAUUGCCCUCUUUGUAUUCCUCAACAUCGUCUACUGUGUUGGGUGUUGCGCGUUGCGGAAUAACAAGAACCGUAGCAAGUACAGCAAUGGUCAUUAUUAUCGAGGGCCAUAUCAUUAAGAUGGUUUGGCAAAAUGAUGUAUUUGUUUAUGAUUCUUGGCUGUAUCUGUUGAUGCAAUUGAUUUUUUUUUUUAAUCUCA